UCAAUUGUCAUCCAUUCCCAUAUUUCCGAACCCACAUUCAUUUUAUUGAAGCAAUCAACAAACCGACCCUUAAUCGAUAAGGAUCAAACAUGAGAACUCAUCCCAAAAGACUAGCAUGUUAGGAGAGAAAGUCCAUUUAGUCUAUAUACCCCACAUCAGUUGUUCUCACAACUGAUGUGGGAAUUGAGUCCGUAACAGUUGACCAGUUUCAUUUUGACGGCUAGUAUAUAUGGGUGCCUUAUUUAGAAACUUCAAAGUCACCAACAACUUGCAGUCGGCUAAGGAAGUUCUAAAAUAUCUUCUAGAAUAAAUAACUCUUCCUAUAUUGUGUUCGAGAAUGUUUCCUCAUAUUUUUGUGAAAUGCUAUAUUAAGGAAUAGUAACCUUCAUCGUAGUGUUUCUUUACUCGGAAUAUUUUGGCUGUGGUGAAGGUGGUGAAGAGUCCAAAUAUAGGUGAUGAAACGAUGGAUUCUUCGUUGUAUUCUCCGAUGCUUUAUGGAUUGGAUAGAGAGCAAGAGAUGUCGGUCAUGGUGUCGGCUUUGGCCCAUGUGGUGGCCGGAGACGAGGCUGUGGGAGAAGGUGACGGCGACGACAAUGGCCGUGGCUCUUCAUCUACAUGCAGAAGAGGGCGUAGCGAUAUAGAUGAGCUUGAGCAAUAUGGUGAUUUUCACUUUUGGAAUACCAACUCUUUGCCACCUUCAAAUUCAUAUGAAGCUGAUACAAACAUGAAUACUUCAACACAAGCAACAGCAGUUUACUCCUACUCUCCAACACCACCUCCACCUGCGCCAUCAGGUGGCAGUGGAGGAGCUUCGAGAAAGUACCGCGGAGUGCGGCAGCGGCCGUGGGGGAAGUGGGCCGCCGAGAUUAGAGAUCCCCACAAAGCAGCCAGGGUGUGGCUGGGCACCUUCGACACCGCGGAGGACGCGGCCAGGGCAUACGACGAGGCGGCCGUCCUUUUCCGAGGCAACAAGGCCAAGCUCAACUUCCCUGAGAAUGUCACCCUCAUCCACCACCCUCAGCCUGCAAUGGCUUACUCAGCCCCCUCUGCCUCCCAGCUACAAUUUCAGUGGACUUGUUCCAGUCAUCAGGAUACUUCAGCCGCUCAUAAAUGACUA